GAACUGUAGGCUUAGUGUCCUCGCAGAAGAAGGCCGCCGGCGAGAAGUCCUUAAACUUCUUAGUCUAUGGAUAUUAUACAAUAUUAUCACACCUAAAAGUCAUAAAAAUAUUUUAAAAUGCAGAUAGAUCAAGUUGAAGUAGGGCCAUUCCCACGUGAAAACCACAGGGCGGGGCAAGAACUCUGUCUCUCUCUCAAGUUCAACUUCAAACCCUUAUAAUAAAGCAUAUAUCCCACCUGCUUGUCGAAACAUGCCUCACCCUCAUCACUAAUCUUCAUCUCUCAAAAUCUCCAAGCUCCGGAAACUAACAUGGAUUUUUUCCAAACCCCAAGCAACAAGAACCAAUUCCAUCACAAGAAAAAGAGGCUAACCCAAGACCAAGUGAAGCUUCUGGAGAGAAGCUUCAGCUCCGACAACAAGCUCGAGCCAGACCGCAAGCUCCUGCUGGCCAAACAGCUCGGAAUCCCGGCCAGACAGGUUGCCAUUUGGUACCAAAACAAGCGAGCGCGGUGGAAGACGCAGAGCCUCGAGCUCGGCUACAAAGCGAUUCAAGUGCAGCUGGAGACUGCAUUAGCGGAAAAGAGGAAACUGGAGAAAGAUGUUGAGAGGCUUAAAGGAGAGUUAAACAGUGCUCAUGAACUGUUGUUGGCUUUGAAUAACCAAAGACAAGUAGGUGGUGAUAAUCAUCCUGUGGUUUGCUCAGUGUUUUCAGCUUCUUGUGAUCAAGAGGGUGCUGCUAGCUCUAGUUUGCAGCUUGGGGAUCAUGUGGUUAAUCAUGAGGUUAAGGAGUUUGAGGAGCUCUAUGCUUGUUUGAUUGGCAUGUAGUAGAUAUGGGUUUACUUUUGAUCUUAGAAUCUGCUUUUUCAAUUUAUUUCCCGGUGAGUACUCGUCAGCACUAGCUAGCUACUAGUUAAUUUUCAGGAACAAAGGGGUUGGAUGUAUGAUAUAUCAGGAAAUGUGACUUGUAAUUGGAUACGCCAUGGACAAUUCUUAGGUUCGAACGAACAUAUUCACCUCUAUUGUCGAUUAACAUACUUUUACUUAAUAAAUUUAUCAUCCAACGGUCCA